GCUCUCCAUGUUCUCCAUGUCCCUGUAUCCCCUCACUGUCCCUGUGUCCCCCCAGGACCUCCUGGGCCACCUGGAGCUCUCCAUGUUCUCCAUGGUCCCUCACUGUUCUCAUGUCCCCCCAGGAGAUCCUGGCCCACCUGGAGCUCUCCAUGUUCUCCAUGUCCCCAGAACAUCCUGGGCUGCCUGGAGCUCUCUCCAUGUUUUCCAUGUCCCCAGUGUCCCCCCAGGACAUCCUGGACCACCUGGAGCUCUCCAUGUUGUCCAUGUCUGCAAUGUCCCCCCAGGACAUCCCUGACCACCUGGAGCUCUCCAUGUCCCCAAUGUCCGCCCAGGACAUCCUGUACCACCUGAAGCACUCCAUGUUCUCCGUGGUCCCUCCCUGUCCCCAUGUCCCCCCAGGACAUCCUGAGCCACCUGGAGCUCUCCAUGUUCUCCAUGUUCCCCCAGGACAUCCUGGACCACCUGAAGCUCUCCAUGUCCCCAGACAUCCUGGGCCACCUGGAGCUCUCCAUGUUCUCCAUGGUCCCUCACUGUCCCCAGAGGACAUCCUGGACCACCUGGAGCUCUCCAUGUCCCCAGGAUAUCCUGGGCCACCUGGAACUCACCAUGUCCCCAUGUCCCCCUAGGACAUCCUGGCCCACUUGGAGCUCUCCAUGUUCUCCAUGUCCUCCUAGAACGUCCUGGACCACCUGGAGCUUUCCAUGUUGUCCAUGGUCCCUCACUGUCCCCAGAGGGCAUCCUGGACCACCUGAAGCUCUCCAUGUCCCCAGGAUAUCCUGGGCCACCUGGAACUCACCAUGUCCCCGUGUCCCCAGAGGACAUCCUGGGCCACCUGGAGCUCUCCAUGUUCUCCAUGGUCCCUCACUGACCACCUGGAGCUCUUCAUGUUCUCCAUGUCCCCAGAACAUCCUGGGCCACCUGGAGCUCUCCAUGUUCUCCAUGGUCCCUCACUGUCCCCAGAGGACAUCCUGGACCACCUGGAGCUCUCCAUGUCCCCAGGAUAUCCUGGGCCACCUGGAACUCACCAUGUCCCCAUGUCCCCCUAGGACAUCCUGGCCCACUUGGAGCUCUCCAUGUUCUCCAUGUCCCCCUAGAACAUCCCUGACCACCUGGAGCUCUCCAUGUUCUCCAUGUCCCCAGAACAUCCUGGGCCACCUGAAGCUCACCAUGUCCCCACGUCCCCCCAGGACAUCCUGGGCCACCUGGAGCUCACCAUGUCCCCAUGUCCCCAGGACAUCCUGGACCACCUGGAGCUCUCCAUGUUCCCCAUGGUCCCUCACUGUCCCCAGAGGACAUCCUGGACCACCUGGAGCUCUCCAUGUUCUCCAUGUCCCCGGAACAUCCUGGACCACCUGGAGCUCUCCAUGUCCUCCAUGGUCCCUCACUGUCCCCAGAGGACAUCCUGGGCCACCUGGAGCUCACCAUGUCCCCGUGUC